GGGUGGACAAGGAAGGAGCUCUCCUCCACCCUCCCUCGGUUUUCGCGAUUGGAGGAAACCGAGGAUACAUGAGCUACGUGGGGCAACCCAGGCUGUGCAGGAAAUGCACCAAGCCUGGGGAUGUGAUGGCCCAAUGCACUGCAGUUGUCUGCAAGACGGCGGGCCAUGAGACAAAGGACUGUCAGGCCAGCAAGAACUGCAACCUGUGCGGGGAGGCAGGCCACCUUUACAGGCCUUGCCCUAAAAGAGCCUGCACCUAUGCACAUGCGACAACAGGGGCUGCUGCCAGCACCCCCAGGGUGGGCGAGACACUCCCCACCACUGCCAAGACCCCAGCAGAAAGGGGGAACAGGGAUGAGGACAGCCCGACCACCUCGAGCCCCCAAGCGCCAGAAGGAGACCCCCAGCACCUUGCCCAGGAGGGAGAGUUGAUGGAGGAGGGGGAACAGCAGGAGAAAUGGAUGAUGGUGAUGUAUAAAAAACACCAGAAGGUUCAGCCCAAAGAGCAGAGGCCGGAAGGGGCUGGUAAGUCCAAAAAUAACCCCAAAAAAAGAUCUCUCUCCCUGACAGAAGGCAGCAACCUCUCCUCGUCGGAGGAUGAGUUGACUGUGAAGUCCCAACGAGGGAGGCAAAGGACGAAAACGGGAGGAAAAGAGAAAGGCCACGCCAAGCAUCCCCCAGGAGAUCGAGAGCAGAGCAGUGGCUGAGGGGCUCCAGCCCCAGGACAUCGGGAGCAGUGCAGCGGUCGAGGGGCUCCAGGCCCUGGAGACCGGGAUCAUCGCAGCGGCCGAUAAGGCCCAGCUCCGGGCGAUCAGGAACAUUGCAGGUGCCGAGGGGGGCCAGCUCCGGGAUACUGGGAGCAUUGCAGCGGCAGAUGGGCCCCAGCUCCAGGCGACCGGGAGCAGUGAAUCUGUCACCGUAACCCAGCCACAAGAG